AUGUCUACCUCCACCCUCCCCACCGGCCGCAGCGACGCGCGCUUCGAGACCUCUGCCGCCAUGGCUGAGACAGAAGCGUCCACCGCCAAGCUUUCGAAGGAGGUGCAGCAGAACGCAGCUCAAGUGCACACCGCGGCCGUUGACGCCGCACAUACUGCAGAGGAGAAGGAGACCCGUAGUGGCACUGCCGUCGAGCGGCUCGAGGAGGGCCUCAGCCACAAGACGGACGUCGCGGCGGCGCAGGGCGCGGCCGACGUCGCGUCGCUGACCGCGACCGCGACGGGGUACGUCGACCAGGCGAAGACGUUGGCCGGGAACGCGAUCGCAUUCGUCCAGAUGUCGUCGGGUACUGCUUCACAGACGGAGAAGUCUGUGGGUGGUGCGAACGGCGCGACGAACUGCGGGGUCUCUACGACCGUGCAGACUGCGGUCGCGACGGGGAAGGAGUACGUCGCCUCAGGCUCCUACCCAGCCGCCGCUUCGAGUUGGGGCCUCUCUAAUCCGAGAGGCGGGGGUCGAGGAGGGGUUCCAGGGGUCGGGCACAGGGGAGACAAAUCCAGUUCAUGUAAUGGGUCACAUGAAUAUCACGUGAAAUCUUAA